AUGAUACGAAGGUCUGACAACCAACGUCCAAAGGAUGAAACCCCACGAAAUAAGAGGGCGAGAAUAGAAUCAGUUGAGCGUAGCAAUGAAGAGGGGGAAAAUAGCAUACCAGGAACACAAAAUAUCUUAGUUGAAGACCCUCACGGCAGCCCAGAAGCAACAGUUGAAAUUGUUGGAGAAAGAGCCCUUGAUAAUGCUUCUGAGGACGAUGACUUGUCCCUUUUCAGAGCACUUGAAGAAGGCUCAGGUAAUGGCCAUAAUACCACCAGCAGUGAUAGCAGGAAUAUUGAUAGAGGUAUAUCUCAUAAUAGUGAUAUGGAAACUAAUGGUAGUGCUACUGUCUUGACAAAUUAUCAUGAAGAACCGCAUACAGUUGAAGUCCUUUCACAAACUGCAAACAGCUCGAGUGUUUCCACCGUACCUGAAGCAGUACCAUCAUUAGCAAAGGCUGAAACAAAUAACAAGGAACAAGCUGUUGAUUUGACUGAAGAUGCUAUAGACUUAGAUGCCGAAGAACAACAAGUGUUGGUAAUUUCGGAUGAUGAUUUCCAGGAGGAAGCGAAAGAAGAUUCUAAGGAGUAUGGCGCGGCCAAGGACUAUCGUUGCCCCAUUUGUUUCGAGCCUCCAGAGACUGCUCUCAUGACCUUAUGUGGCCAUGUUUUUUGUUGUUCAUGCCUGUUCCAAAUGGUUAAUAGCUCCAGAACUUGUAGACAAUUCGGUCAUUGCGCCCUUUGUAGAAGUAAAGUAUACUUGAAAGACGUAAGGCUAAUCAUACUAAGGAAAAAGCAAGUUAAGAAAAAACCAAUUUAA